CCUCGCAAGAGGAUCGGUACGGUAAUAUAUAAACAGGGCUGUCCGUGAGGACGGGCACUUCACAGGAGCGGAAUCAGCGAUCAAGCGGGUUGUAAGCACGGAACAUUGAGCAAGAUGGGAGGAGCCUCUCACCUGAUCUGCACAGUAGCGCUGCUGCUGUGUCUGUCUAUCACUGCCAGCACCCAGAAACCACCAGCACAAGGCACAGACUGCACUCAGAUCAAAGAACUGAACCCGCAGGCCGUCAGCGGAGUCUACCUGAUCCAGCCAGCCAGAGCCAGCCUCCCCUUCCAGGUGUUCUGUGACAUGGCUGCGGAUGGGGGCUGGACGGUCCUACAGAGGCGCAGCGGCACAGAGAACCUGUCUUUCCGCAGGAGCUGGGCGCAGUACAGGAAUGGCUUCGGGAAACUCCACGGUGAGCACUGGCUGGGUCUGGAGAAGAUGUUUUCUCUGACUGGAAGCCAGGGGGACAGGUUCCUCCUGCGUGUGGAGCUGCAGGACUUCGAGGGGGGCUCUGCCUUUGCCGACUACUCCACGUUCCGACUCGGCAGCAAGGAGUCAUCCUACAGGCUGCACAUCGGGGCUUACUCUGGCACUGCAGGAGAUGCUUUCCGAGGCACGUACCCGGGGAUAGACCAGAACGGCAGUGCCUUCAGCACCCGGGACAGGGACAGUGACGGCUGCAACCCCUGCAUCUUCGGGGACAUUGCCACGAAUAGCUGCAGUGAAAGCCAGGGGGGCUCAGGGUGGUGGUUCAGUCGCUGUGGCUCUGCCAAUCUCAAUGGAGACUGGCACCCCAAAGGGGACAACAUCGGCUGGAGCUCCGGGGUGUACUGGGAGAGCUGGAAGGGGCCUGCCCCCUACUCCUUCCGGGCCAGCGUGAUGAAGGUGAAGGCUCUCUGAGCUUGAGCUCUGCCCUCUUCCUCGGUUUUAAUGGAAACCGGCUCUCCCAAACUGUGGGGAGUGAGAAGCCACGAGUCACUCAAGCUCAUUAGAUUCCAGAAAUGAGCUUUACUGCAAAUCUUUUCUUUUUUAGGGGCAUGAAGUGGGGUUUGGUACAUCCUGGUUUUUUAAUCUGCUGUGUUUUGUUAAAUACUGAAAUUAAUCUGUGCUCUUGUAAAAGGGCUUUGCUUCCACUCUGUAUUAAAGUUUCUUGCACCAUG